CUGCAUGUAAUACUUUUAACAACAAAAACACAAAGUUUUUGUAUCUUUUCAACUCAAUAAUGCAGCGGUAUGUUGUUUCUCAUGUUUCAGUGGCAACUAAGUGAUAUUUCUCUUUAAGGGAAUUUCUCCAAAUGCUUUUUUCUCUCCACACACACAAUACUGCACACGUGGCCUUGACUGUCAUUUAUUCAUGCACAGAGUCAUGCGGGUAGAGGUUUGCUGGUUUUAAGCAAUGCAUUCCAUGGCUAUAACGGGCAAACUAGAACACACAUACACACACACUGAACCUCAACUAAAGGGACGGUGAAAUUUAAGUAGCCUACUGUUUUGUUUUUGUACAACUUUUUUUUUUAAUUCGACAAACCAUGUGUAUCGUAACCUCUCCUCCAAGGCUUAUUUUCAAAUGUAUCUUUUUUUCUUCUUCUUUUUUUUAAAAUUUUUUUAAUUUUUUUACACUUUUUGGAGGUCCUGGGAGCAUUCCUAUUUAACCUUUUUUGAUAUGUUUAAACUACAGUACAUAUAAUACAAGGCACUAAAAAAUAUCACAAUUCUGUUUUUGUGCCUCAAAACUUAGUUGCACAUUUUUGUAUGUUACAUAGACAAUUUAGUUAAAUAAAACAUUUCUGUAACUAUUUUCUGCCCAACGUGCUGUACAAUAAAAACUGAACUUCACAAUGAGAAUUUAAAAAAAUUAUGAUAUAAAAAAACCUGUAAACAGCACAGCACAAUAAAAAGCAGGCGAUUAAACAAUAUAAAAGUCAUCUAAAACGAAUAAAAGACAAGCUCAAUUUGUGCUAAAACCAAAUAAGUCCAUCGACAGAAGUGUGACUAGGGAGUUCAGUUUUUUUAUUGAUAAAGCAGUGAGGAAAAGUGGGAUUAUAACCAUAGAACCAGAAAUUGAUCUUACUGCAACAUUGAAAAGAAUAUUGCUACUUAACAUAAUACAAUUAAUUCAACAAAAAAUACAUACAAACAUUUAUUUUACCCAGCAAAUUGCUAACUGUAAUAAAAAGUAAUCAUCGGCGGUCACUCGAACGAGUGUGACGAUCCUCCUGGUAGGGGUGUAUCCCUUUAUGGAGGAUGCCUGUGCGUGACUUUGUUUUACGUGGGGAGACUGGUGCACAUACAGUCACCACACGAUCCUUGACAGAAUCGGGUCAGGGUUCAGUGGCAUGGAGUCCAAGACGACUGAGGACCCUUUUCUGCAGCAGCCUUCUUCCGCCAUCGCAGCCGUUGUGGUAGUUCUUAAAUCUACUGUCUUCCGCCUGCUCCGCCGUUGAGGUCUUCACCGUAUCUCUGGCUAGGGGGCAGUCAGGUACUAGGCCUUUGCCAAGGGCCACCUGGGGUAACAGUAGUAAAGGGGUUAACCUCCUAGUGCCCCAAGACCCCAUAGAGGAGCCUCCACUGCCGGAUGCACUUUAACGUCAUGCCCAGGACUGAAUUUUUUAUAAAAAGUAAUACCUAUAAAAGGCCACUAGGUGACAGUAUAGCCUUUUAAAGACAUUUUCUCUCCAUUAUCUUCAAAGAGUGAUUUAUUUUAGUAGCAAAGAAUGAUUUAUUUUAGUUGCGUUAAACAGCUACAACUGCUCACAGUUCUUGAGGUAAACUAUUUUUCCAAGCAACAUGCAUGUAAAUAGCGUGUAUCUUAGCAGUCGUAAUGGUUAUCUAUAAUGUGUUUUUGAGCGGUACAUACCGACAAAGCAAUAGAAGCACAGUAUAGCUUUGUAAACAUGUCCCUGUUCCCACUGUAAUGUGUCCUUAAGAGUGAAGUGAGGUAAUAUACAGUAGGUGAGUAAUGUUACACUGGGGUUACCUUUCUUGCAUGACCGUCAAAAGUGUUAAUAUAGUUUCAUGAAUUCACUUCACAGUGUUAUUAUAUUUAAAAAAAAAAAACAAUGCCUCAGGCUAUUUAAUUGACCCAGUGCCACAUUCCUGUUUACAUUUUUUUACUUAUCAGCCCCCUGCUUGUGGACACUAAAGUUCUGAUAAAUUGGCGUCCAAGUGUUCCCACAGGGCCUGAUGAGUCCUGUGCAAAAAGAUGCGCUGGACAGCAGAUGUUCCGCUCGUGUUGCUAGCAGCUGCCCCCAAUGCGCCCUGAUUUUAUUUUAAACACCGCCAUCUGGUUUGGAGAGAUUCCGUCCAUCCUUCCCUCCCUCCUUUUUUUUCUUCUUCACUUCCUCCUCCUAUUCCUCUUCCUCCUCUCGCUGUCUUCAACUUGCAAACAUCUCGUUGCGUCUCCUGCCUUUUUCUUUUAUACAUCUCCUCUUAAAACUCUUUUCACCCUCUUUUUAUCCCCCGGACUUCCUCUUUAAUUUUAUCUCCUCCAUCGCACCCCAACCCAGCUGCUCUCAAAACAGGCGGACGCACAGAGCCAAGCGUGUGUGUGCACGUCUAAGCGUGUGUGCAUGUGUGUGUGACAGAGAGCUGCAUGGGUGUCGCUUUGGGUAGGAGUUCCCAAAACAAGACUGAUGACUACGCCGAGAUAGUUGACGAAGAGGACACGUACACCAUGCCCUCCAUGACCUAUGGAAUAGUGGAAGCGCGGGACUACGAGAUCCAGAGAGAGAGGAUCGAGUUGGGUCGCUGCAUCGGGGAGGGUCAGUUUGGAGAUGUCCACCAAGGAGUCUACAACAUUCCGGACAAGCCGUCCCUCGCUGUCGCCAUCAAGACGUGUAAGAACUGUACAUCCGACAGUGUCAGAGAAAAGUUCCUGCAAGAAGCACUGACCAUGCGGCAGUUUGACCACCCUCACAUCGUCAAGCUAAUCGGCGUGAUAACAGAGAACCCGGUGUGGAUCAUCAUGGAGCUGUGCACGCUCGGAGAGCUGCGCUCCUUCCUUCAGGUGAGGAAGUACAGUCUGGACUUGGCCACUCUCAUCCUGUUUGCUUACCAGCUCAGCACCGCACUGGCGUACCUGGAAAGCAAACGCUUUGUUCACAGGGACAUAGCAGCACGGAAUGUGUUGGUGUCUUCAAUAGACUGCGUGAUGCUGGGGGACUUUGGACUGUCACGCUACAUGGAGGACAGCUCUUACUACAAAGCCUCUAAAGGUAAACUUCCUAUCAAGUGGAUGGCUCCCGAGUCCAUCAACUUCAGAAGAUUCACCUCCGCCAGCGACGUCUGGAUGUUCGGCGUGUGCAUGUGGGAGAUCCUGAUGUACGGCAUCAAGCCCUUCCAAGGAGUGAAGAACAACGACGUGAUUGGCAGGAUCGAGAAUGGCGAGCGGUUGGCCAUGCCGCCUCAGUGCCCGCCCACCCUUUACAGCCUUAUGACCAAAUGUUGGUCGUACGACCCCAGCAAGCGGCCGCGGUUCACAGAACUUAAAACGCAGCUGAGCGCCAUACUGGAGGAGGAGAAGCUUCAGCAGGAGGAAAGGCUCAGGAUGGAGAUGAGAAGACAAGUCACAGUGUCUUGGGACUCUGGAGUUUCGGAUGAGGCUCCGCCCAAACCUAGUCGGCCAGGUUACCCCAGCCCUCGCUCCAGUGAGGGAUUCUUUUCCAGCCCGCAACACAACCAUUUCCCGCCAACGGCCCACGGGGGAGUGGGAGGUGGCUUCCCUGCCGGCGAUUCCUGGAACCAGCACAGACCCGAACAUACAGCCCUGUGGACCUCCAACAUGGAGGACACUGGAUGUGGAGGUCAAGUCCUCAUGGAGGAGAGGCUGAUGAUGCAGCAACAGCAGAUGGAGGACGACCAGCGAUGGUUGGAGCAGGAGGAGAGCUUCAUGAAGACCGAGUCCAGAAACAGCCGAGGAAGCAUCGACAAAGAGGACGGCACCCUUCAAGCGCCGGGUGGAAGUCAGCACAUCUACCAGCCUGUGGGCAAACCAGAACACCUGGCCCCGCCUAAGAAGCCGCCCCGCCCCGGAGCGCCCGGUCACCUUGGCAACCUGGCCGGUCUCUGCCCCGUGGACAGCUACAACGAGGGUGUGAAGUUACAGCCCCAGGAGAUCAGCCCGCCCCCCACAGCCAACUUGGACCGCUCCAACGACAAAGUCUACGAGAACGUGACGGCCCUGGUCAAGUCGGUAAUCGAGAUGUCAAAUAGGAUCCAACCGGCAGCCCCCGAGGAGUACGUCCCCAUGGUCAAGGAAGUGGGUCUGGCACUAAGGACUCUGCUGGCCACAGUCGAUGAAACCAUUCCUGUCCUGCCUGCGAGCACCCAUAGAGAGAUCGAGAUGGCGCAGAAGCUUUUGAAUUCCGACUUGGCGGAGCUGAUCGCCAAGAUGAAACUCGCUCAGCAGUACGUCAUGACAAGCCUGCAGAAGGACUACAAGAAGCAGAUGCUGAUGGCGGCACACGCCCUCGCCGUUGAUGCCAAGAACCUGCUAGACGUCAUCGACCAGUCGCGACUCAAGACCAUCUUGAGGCCGCAUUAGCCUCGGGGACGGAAGCGGGGAAAGUGUCAGCAUUGGUGAAGCGAUGGACAUCAAUCAGACGCCAUCGCAAACACUUUCUUGUAAAAAAAAAACUUGUUCAUCACAUAUCUUUUUUCAAUUCUUUUGACUUAUUUAACACGUGAUGACGCGUUUGAAGGACUUAUCACGUGAUGAACUGGAACUGACACAGAGGAGCAGGAUCAUGAAGAUUUAAAAAAAAUAUAUAAAUAUAUAUAUAUAUAUAUUAAUAUUUGCAGCCUUGACUCUUUUAUAGGAUUUUUUUUUAAUGGUUUCGUUUUUCAGGCUUUUAAUGAUGGAAAUUUUAAAAGUGUUUUUUAUUGAAAAAAGAUUUAAGACAUCACGCCAUAGGCCACUUUUGAAGUUAACGUGAUAAAUAUACAUAGACUAUAUUUUUUCAACACCUUUGAGGAAUGAAGGAUGUUAAAAGCCAUAAAUACUCUUUCCACAAUGUUCUAAAUAACUAUUUCUUGUUUUUAUGUAUAAUUAUAUCACUGUUUUGUUUUUUUUACAUAGUGUCCACUUUUCAAAGCACAUUGGCGACUUGUAAACAAUUUUAAAGUAGAAUCCAAUACUGUGAAUAGUACAUGAUUUAUUUAUUGGCUGAAUGGAUGUUUUGAAUUAGACAAAUUCACUUUACUUCACAAAUGUGUUGUUCUUCCUGGAGCUUUUCAUUCCACUGUUCACUAUUACCUCUGCCUGGAGUUGAACUCUCUCAGGAAAGAGUCACAUGUACAUUCACAAAUAAAAACACACUGUUUUCAUUAAAACAUUAUUUGCAGAUGCAAAAAAAAAAAAAAGCGUAUGCAUUUCGGCUUCCUCCCACCUCCAAAGACAUGCACCUGGGGAUAAGUUGAUUGGCAACACUAAAUUGGCCCUAGUGUGUGGAUGUGAGUGUGAAUGUUGUCUGUCUAUCUGUGUUGGCCCUGCGAUGAGGUGGCGACUUGUCCAGGGUGUACCCCGCCUUCCGCCCGAUUGUAGCUGAGAUAGGCUCCAGCGCCCCCCGCGACCCCAAAGGGAAUAAGCGGUAGAAAAUGGAUGGAUGGAUAGUGUUGAUAAAACUUAACCUUCGUUUUGUGUUAGGGUCGGCACCGACCCGUUUUGGAUUUUAAAUGCAUAAAAGAACCACAUAAAUUAAUUUUUUUGCAUCAAGGCUUUUUGACUUUGUCAGGAACCUCUAUUUCAACAAAAUAAAACAGUUUUUGUUU